CUUUCUUUCUUCCGUUUUCCCGAUCGGGCUUCCUUCUUCUUUGCAAUUCAUGGAGGUGAAGAAUGAAAAGAAAGCCCCGAGUGUUGAAAGGAGGCAUAUUGAGGCGCCCAAAAAUUUGAUGGAGGUAGUGUCCAUAUUAACGGAAGCCAUAAAGUCGCUCGGUUACAAGGAGAAAUGGCACAUCCUCAACUUGCCCAUAGCCAUUGCUUCCGCUGUGUUGGACAUGGGUAAGAAAACAGUUGCAAGAGAAUGCGGUGAAAGAAGUGAUUGUGUACAGCUGAAGGCCCCCGAAGUUAUAAAGGAGUUAUAUGAGAUAAAGAAAUUGUUGACACGGACCUUGCUUUUCAGCAGAAAACGGUUUCAUGGGUUCUUAUUUGCUGCUGGAUUCGACAAGGAGGAUGUCCUCCUAAGAAAGAGAACAGCUCGGAUUCUAAGGCCAGUUUUCACAGUUAUACGUGAUAUAGAAUCAAAAAGUGUGUUGGUGUUUAUUCGGGGAACUCGUAGCCUAAACGACACGCUAACAGCUGCACUCUGUGCUCCCGUCUCCUUCGAGCAUAGGAGGAACAACAACAUUGUUUCAGGACAUGCACACCGUGGUAUGGUUGCUGCAGCUUAUUGGAUUCUAGACUACUGCACUCCUGUACUAAAAAAGGCUCUUGAUCAAUACCCCCACUUCAAAAUCAAGAUCGUUGGGCACUCGCUUGGUGGUGGUACCGCUGCACUGCUGACAUUUAAGCUAAGAGAAAUACAAGAGUUCUCUUCAAGCACUUGUGUCACGUUUGGCCCAGCUGCCUGUAUGACAUUGGAGUUAGCCGAAUUUGGGAAGCCCUUUAUCAUUUCCAUUAUCAAUGGUUAUGACAUAGUGCCUACAUUGUCAGUUUCUUCUGUUCAUGAUUUCAUUUCUGAGGGUCGCGAUCGGAGCAAUGAUCAAAACAUCCUAACCGCAGUUAGAUCUCACAUACCAAUCGCAAAAGCCAUUGCAGGACAUGCAAUAACCCGCUGCACACAGGUUGUGAAGAAACAUAAACACGGAACUCGCUCAUUGCUUCCCUGGCACAUACGUGAGAAUAUUGACUCAUCGCCAAGCUCAAAAUCAGAUAACAUAGCUGAAGCUUAUGGAUCAUCUGAGACAAAUUUUGAAUCUCUCUUGACUGAAGAGCACUUAAUCAUGGAGUCUAUGUCAGAUGAUGACGAAUAUAAUUCUUCUAGUGAAGGAUCUGACGGUGAUGACUCCGAUGGCGACGAAGACGAAUUGUCGAAUAAAGUGGGGAAGCUUAAACUGGGAAAAGAAGUAGCCACAAACAAAAACAUAGCUGAAGAAGAGAGUGAUUGUCCAAUCACAACAUCAAGUAGACGUCGUCUUUAUCCUCCUGGAAGGAUCAUGCAUAUUAUUCCUAUUGCACAUUCGUCUGAAAAUCCUAAUUCAAACCACAAUGGUUGUGAUGAGAAACAUGUUUCCCUAUAUGAAACGCCUAGAGAGCUCUAUGGAAAGCUCAGACUUUCAAGAAGGAUGAUACUUGAUCAUAAGUCAAACAAGUAUCUGAAGGUGUUACAACAAUUAAUCAAUCAACUAGAGAAAGAGAGCUUCAAAUAUCGUGGAGGAUGAGCCAAGGAAUAGCGGAUGAAAAAAUAAUUGGUACUAAUUUGAUCAUGGAGCAAGCCCUAGAAUUAAAAUUGGGCCUCUUGAUUCUGAUUGUCGGAUUUGUUGUGUGUUGUUGAAAUUGCUACAAAUUUUUAGAAUAUUCUUAAAUA